AUGGUUCCCUCGGCAGGAGCAUUUGGCGGCGUGUGCCGCGCUGAAGAUGGUUUACGGGAGAGCUCGGGUGAUGCGAGCUCACAUCAACGAAAUUCCUCCGACCGCAAGAGGCGUCGGGAAUGGGCGAAACUCUCUGCCGAUCGGGCCAUCUUUCGAUUGUCGGAAGAAGUGGUUCGCCUUCGUAGCCAGUGCGAGCGUUUCAGGGAAGCGAUAGAGGCCCUAUUUUGGGACCCUGAGUUCUCCGACAGAGUGCUCGCUUUGGCCCCCGCCCUGCUGGACCUGCUCCAUUCGAGGGAGAAGUCAAAGCUCAGCGUGCUGCGCCGCAAUGUUGCCUUGCACGCGGACGCGGCAGGGCGCACCGUGGCAGAUGCCAGCGAGAGGGACCUCAAGUUCAUGCAGAAGGGAUGUCGCCUGGAGUCGCGCGCCAGGAACAGCACCACGUCUUGUUUUUCGCCCUCCAAGAUCUUCCCUGGAGUGUGGGAACCAUGCGUGGCGGACCGUGCGGAGUCGUUCAUGGGCGACCCCGAGCCCCAGGUGCACGACGAGGCGCUGGCAGGGCCCCCGAGGGGGAUGUCUGCCCAUUGGUUUCCCAUGGAUGGGGUCCCUCCCCCCGCCAUGGACGGCCCUGAGGAGGGGAUCGCCGCAGUGGAGAACACCGACAAGGAGGACCAGUCGGUGGUCUUCUCGGUCCUCAAGGCAUCCGCCGUGGUUUUCGUCCCGUUGGAGGCGCUGCACGCUCAGACUGUUGGAGUCAUCAACUCAAAGGAGGUCAGCAAGCGGCCCUUUGUCAAGAGGCUGGCCAGGCUCAGGCGCAUUGCGGAGACAGCAUUUGAGCAGGACGAGCCAGAGGUUGGGUCACUCAUCCGCGGGCUGGGUGAGGCAGUGGCAAAGGCCCUUUGCAUCGGCCCGCGCCCCACCAAAAGGAUGAGCGCAGGCUCGGCCGAUGGAAGUCGCAUCCAGGACCCCCCAGUCGGCAAGGAUGCAGAGCUCCGUGAGGCGGAGGCAGUUCUGAGACGCCUGAAUGAGGGCCUAAAGAAAGCCCACAGGGAGCUUUCUGCAGUCUUGCGUAUGUUGGCUGGCCUGGUCCACCAGGCCCACGAGGCUUCUCAGAACAUAGACCGCCUCAGAGGCGAGGACCCGCCCCCAGAGGGUACUGACCCUUCUUUGGCCGAGGCGGAGAGAAUUCUGUACAGGCUCAACGCCCACAUUGAUGUGGCCAACGACACCCGCCUGAUGCUUUUAGACAGGCUCGAGGGUCUAGAGGCUGCCCUACGCAGUGGCACCCUCUAG